GACAUAUAAAUACAUGAGUAACAGGGACGAUCUACAUAUAGUGACACACCGCUCCCUGAACCGCUGGAUAAAGGCGCAAACUCACACAAACAAACUAAACCCAAACCCAAAAAAAAACAAAUUAAGUACUACAUCUUUUCUAAAGAGAUUGAUGGAGCUGGAAGUUACUGAUAUCUGUAUGGACAAGGAGCAAAAUGGUAGUGUAAGUUACUGUGAUGGUGCGUCUCCAGAUUCAAGUUACAUAAUUGACGGUAAUCAAGAUGUUCAGUCGCCGAAGCUUAUUAUAGGGGAACAUGAAACUGAUACCCUGAAUGAGAGUGUUGAAACAAAGGAGUAUGAAGUGAAAGAAUGCACAGCUGAAGUAUCAGUUGAGAUAUCCAAACUUUGUGAAGUUGAAAGUACCAAGGAGCAAUAUACACGUAGCUCAAAAUGUGAGAUUGAAUUGCCUACAAAGGAGCACAAAUCUGAAGUCCCAAAAUUAAAAGAUGAUAAUAAGAGGUCAAAAGCCUCAGUGAAAUCGGCAGUCAAAUCUACUGCUGGAAACUGCAAAACAAAGUGUACAGUUCCUCAGCCAUUUGCUUUGGCAACUGAGAAGCGUGCGUCCCAAGGAACUCGUCUUGUUGGGAAUGAUCUAGACAAUGUUAGUUUUGUGCAUAAGUCACCUGAAGCCAAUAAUUCGCGAGUCCCAAGUACGAAACAAAACCAGGUGUCCUCACCAGUUGCAACUAGGAAGCCGCUACAACCUGAUAACAAGAAGCAUUCUGAUGAAGAAGACUCAUGCUCACUUACUUCUUGUGCUAUGCUACCAUCAAGAAAAUCCAGGGCCACUGCCGCGUCAGCCCCUAUAUUCCGAUUAUCUGAACGUGCAGAGAAAAGGAAAGAGUUCUACUCAAAAUUAGAGGAGAAACAUCAAGCUAUGGAGGCCCAAAAAAUUCAAUGGGAGGCAAGGACGAAGGAAGAGAGAGAAGCAGCUAUAAAGCAACUGAGGAAAAGUUUGAUGUUUAAGGCAAGCCCAAUGCCAAGCUUCUACCAUGAGGGACCUCCACCAAAGACUGAAUUGAAGAAGGCACCGCCAACACGUGCGAAAUCACCAAAGUUGGGCAGAAGGAAGAGCUGCAGUGACUCAGUUUGUUUAGACAAAGGGAUAGGAGCUUAUGAUCGAGGAACUCGCCAUAGUCUUGAAGUUUACAACGAAAAUGCUGCCUUUGAUUCCAGAAAUAGGAAAGAUCGUAUAAAUAUUCAGAACAGUACUGCCGUGUACAAAUUUAACCACGAGGCCAAUCAUGCAGAGGAGAUAAAUGAAUCAUAUAUGAGAAAGAUACAUGACGAAAUGAAUGUGGACAUUACUGUUCAUUCUUGAGCAUUUUGUGAGUCUUCUAAUUUAAUAAGAGGAGGAACUUUUCUUUUGCUUCUUGUUACUGCUGUUAAGGGUUGUGCAUUUGACUGCUAUUUAAACUGCAAAAGCUUUUUUGCAGUGAUCUGUGUGGCGUUUAUUUAUGAAGUGUAAAUUUCUGUAAGUUAUUUCCAUACUUGUGUAAAGUGACUCAUUUUCGUGUAAUUUAUCUUUGAAGAAACUGGCUAUCAUGACCACUUUGUCCUUGUAAAUUGCAAUUUGAAUAGUAGCAUGUAAUGUUCUGCCUUA